AUGUCUAGCUACUAUCAUUAAAUCCACACAUAUGCAUGCACUUCUGAUCUCAAACAAACAUUAUAAACUUACUAUAUAUAAAAUUUAUACAGCUAGACAACAUAUAUAGUUAUUAUUAUAUACUUUGGUCGAUCAUAUCACAAAUAUGGUCAACAUAAUAGAAAGACUUCUGGGCUCUUUGGCUUCAGCAAUAACCCGUUUUUGUUUCCUUCAUCAUCAUCAUCGACAUGAAGAUAGUCAAAAAAACAUUCAUAAUAAUCACACAAACUUCAACAUGCCCAAGAAGAGCCGCCGCCCACUCUCUCUACAGACGGUAGAACUCAAAGUAAGGAUGUGCUGCACUGGUUGUGAAAGGGUUGUCAAGGUUGCUAUAAAAAAACUUCGAGGGGUGGAUUCAAUAGAGAUAAACCUUGAGCUAGAGAAGGUAAAAGUGGUUGGAUAUGUCGAAAGGAAUAAAGUGCUGAAGGCGGUGAGGAGGGCUGGAAAGAGGGCAGAGUUCUGGCCGUACCCUAACCCACCACUCUACUUCACUUCCACCGACCACUACUUCAAGGACAUGACCACCGAGUACAGGAAGAGCUACAACUACCGGAGACAUGGCUAUAAUACCGGAGACAAGCAUGGAAUCCUUCUAACUACUCAGCGUGGAGACGACAAAAUUAGCAACUUGUUUAAUGAUGAUAAUGUCAAUUCCUGUUGUAUAAUGUAAACACCAUAUGUUUGUGUCAUCAAACCAUGUCACAAUUAAUUGAACGAACCAUAAGUUGCACCGAAACGUGGAAAUCAUAAGAAAACGGAAUCGUCACAUUUUAAUUGAAAAACAAC